GGCGUGUUUACUCUUUUUGGCUGCAGGAACCCCCUAGCUCUCUGCUGAUCCGUGCAGGUUGCUUUGAAGCUGCUUCUGUUUCACAUAACCAUGUCCAAGUCUUUGAAGAAGCUGGUGGAGGAGAGUCGGGAGAAGAACCAGCCCGAGGUGGACAUGUGUGACCGCGGCAUCUCCAAUAUGCUGGACGUCCAUGGCUUGUUUACUUUAUCCCACAUUACACAACUGGUUCUCAGUCACAACAAGCUAACAAGAGGUUGCUGCGUGGAGAGCCUGGCGCUGCUUGGAGAGCCUGGCGCUGCUUGCAGCUUGGCCUCUUUGCCUCUUGGGCUGCAUGACGCCUUCUCUCAGAAACAGCUACUUAGCUUUCUGGAUGCCAAGUUAGCCUUGGCACAUCAAGUUGUAGAGAAGGUCAGCAUCCAGAGGGCACCCUCUGAGAAUGCAGCUGCCAGUGCCCGAGAUUUCCCAUUAGACUCUGCCGUGCCAGCCCCCGUCCGUGUCCUCAGGCCCCUGGCCGCCCGGAGCACCGUCUUCCUCUACGCUGUGGUACAGCUCCGGCAUUUGGGUAACAGCAGCCAUCCAUCUGCAAGACAGGCUGGUGGCUUCCUAGCAGCCCAUCCUCAUUCUUCAGCCUUUGAGGUUGGGUCUCUUAUGAACAGGCUAAAUACUUUGCCCCGAGGAUUUGGCUCCUUACCAGCCCUGGAGGUCCUUGACUUGACUUAUAACAACUUGAAUGAAAAUUCUCUUCCUGGAAACUUCUUCUACCUUACCACCCUGCGUGCACUUUAUCUAAGUGACAACGAUUUUGAAAUCCUGCCGCCAGAUAUUGGGAAGCUCACAAAGUUGCAGAUACUCAGCCUUAGGGAUAAUGACCUGAUAUCAUUGCCAAAAGAAACUGGGGACCUUACGCAACUGAAAGAACUACACAUCCAAGGGAACCGCCUGACUGUCCUUCCCCCUGAGCUUGGAAACUUGGAUUUAACAGGUCAGAAGCAGGUCUUCAAAGCAGAAAAUAAUCCCUGGGUUACCCCAAUUGCUGACCAGUUCCAGCUCGGAGUGUCUCAUGUCUUUGAAUAUAUCCGUUCUGAAACAUACAAGUACCUCUAUGGCAGACACAUGCAGGCAAACCCAGAGCCUCCAAAGAAGAAUAAUGACAAAUCAAAGAAGAUCAGCCGGAAACCCCUGACAGCCAAGAACAAAUAAGGAUUUCGCGUGGUUUCUCUCUCUCUGUCUCUCUCCCCCUGACCACCCCUCCACCUCCAGCAGACACUUCAUGCGUUCUGUUUCUGGAUGUCUAACCUCUACCCUCAUCUCCCUUUUACUCCUUUAGGAGGGAUGCUGGAUUUUUGCAGAUACCUGUUUCUGUGUGUCUUAUUAGAGGUGCCAAAUAAAGGAAGCCAAGAUCUGUUUUCAUUGCAAAUUCCAAAGAAGACUCAGCUUUUAAAUCCUUGAAUAAGAAUCAUGAAAUUCCAUAUUAUCAAGAAAAAUUAAAGCCAUGUAACCAUUUACUAUAACUUAACACUGCUCAUUCUUCUUCUCUUUCUGUGUAUAUUAUUAACACGUGUAUAAUGACUUUUAUUCUAUUAAGUCAUACAUAUAUCCCUCUUGUGCUUUAGUCUGUGGCCUUGUACUACCAAGACAUUAUGUUCAUUUUACUUAUAAAUGAUUUUAAUAAAAUCUUUUAUUCGUA